AAAAUAUUUGGAUCAAGACUUUGAGAAGCUGAGGGCACAAUGCUUGGCAUCUGGUACUCUGUAUAAAGAUGAAGAAUUCCCAGCAUGCCCAUCUGCACUGGGUUACAAUGAACUAAGACCCGGCUCAUACAAAACCAGUGGGGUCAUAUGGAAGAGACCUACGGUAUCAUGGCUGGUGUCGCUGCUCGGUUGGUCAAGAACAGGGCUGUAGCUGAUGGUCUCGGUACCAAUAAGAACCCAGUGAAAUAUUUAAAUCAAGACUUUGAGCAGCUGAGGGCACAAUGCUUGGCAUCUGGCACUCUGUUUAAAGAUGAAGAAUUCCCAGCAUGCCCAUCUGCACUGGGUUACAAUGAACUGGGACCCAGCUCCCCUAAAACCCAAGGAGUUAUGUGGAAGAGACCUUCGGAAAUUUGUCCCAACCCCCAGUUCAUUGUGGAUGGAGCAACACGCGGAGACAUCCGUCAAGGGGCCCUCGGGGAUUGCUGGCUUCUGGCUGCCAUCGCAUCUCUUACACUGGAGCCGGAUCUUGUAGCUCAGGUGGUUCCAGAGAAUCAAAGUUUCCAGAAAGACUACGCUGGAAUCUUCCACUUCCGGUUCUGGCAGUAUGGAGAGUGGGUGGAUGUGGUGGUGGAUGACCGGCUGCCGACAAAGAAUGGGAAACUGGUUUUUGUCCACUCAGCAGAAGGGGAUGAGUUCUGGAGUGCUCUGCUCGAAAAGGCCUACGCAAAGUUGAACGGCUCCUACGAGGCUCUGACUGGCGGUUCUACCAUAGAGGGAUUUGAAGACUUUACCGGAGGUAUCGCUGAGGUGUAUGAACUGAACCAGGCUCCACCUAAUUUAUUCCAGAUCAUCCAGAAAGCCCUUAAGGCUGAAUCACUGCUUGGCUGCUCUAUUGAUAUUACAAACGCCUAUGAUACUGAAGCCAUCACAAGCAGAAAGCUGGUUAAAGGGCACGCCUAUUCUGUCACUGGUGCUGAGGAGGUGUUGUACAGAGGUCGCCAGGAGAAGUUGAUCCGAGUGAGAAAUCCCUGGGGUGAGGUAGAAUGGACUGGACCUUGGAGUGAUGAGGCUCCAGAAUGGAAUUAUGUUGAUCCAAAAGUAAAAGCUGUUCUGGAUAAAAAAUCUGAGGAUGGGGAAUUUUGGAUGGCGUUUUCAGACUUUCUCAGAGAGUAUUCCCGUCUGGAGAUCUGUAACCUGUCUCCUGACACCCUCACCAGCAACGACCAACAUAAAUGGAACAUAACAUUGUACACCGGGAGCUGGGCACGGGGGUCUACUGCCGGAGGCUGCCAAAAUUACCCAGCAACAUUUUGGACCAACCCGCAAUUUCGCAUUAAACUGGACGAGCCAGAUGAUGAUCAUCAGGGGACGAACAAUGAGCCGUGCUGUACCGUCAUUGUGGGAUUGAUGCAGAAGAACCGCAGAAGAAAGAAGAAGAUGGGGGAGGACUUGCUCAGCAUUGGCUACUCACUCUUUAAGAUCCCUGAUCAGCUUCAGGACCAUACAGAUGCCCACCUCGGCAGGGACUUCUUGCAAAAGACUCCAACGGCCGCUCGAUCUGACACCUAUAUCAACGUACGGGAGGUGUCCAACCGCUUACACCUACCGGUCGGGGAUUAUCUGAUUGUGCCAUCCACCUUUGAGCCCUUUAAAAAUGGCGACUUCUGCCUUCGUGUCUUCUCAGAAAAGGAGGCCAAAUCGCUAGAAGUUGGUGAUGUAGUGAUUGCAAAACCAUAUGAACCUCAGAUUUCUAACAAGGAUGUCCCUGAUGAUUUCAAGAAUAUUUUUGACAAGCUGGCGGGAGAUAAAGAAGAAGUUGAUGCAAGAGAACUUCAAACCAUUCUAAAUAAACUCAUUUCAAAGAGGCCGGACUUGAGAUCCAAUGGAUUUACUCUUAACACGUGCAGAGAGAUGAUCAGUUUACAAGAUAUGGAUGGAACCGCAACACUGAGCCUUCUGGAGUUCCGUAUUCUGUGGAUGAAGAUACAGAAAUAUUUGGCAAUCUAUUUAAAGGCAGACUCGGAUCGUUCUGGAACCAUGGACUCUCAUGAGCUGAGAACAGCUUUGCAAGAAGCAGGUUUUACUCUGAAUAAUAAGAUCCAUGAAUCAAUUGUGCAGCGCUACGCAUCCAAUGACCUGGCUCUUAACUUUGAUGGCUUUAUCGCUUGUAUGAUGCGCCUGGAGACCUUGUUCAAAAUGUUUCAGAUGUUGGACAAGAGUAAGAGAGGGGUCGUUGAGCUGAGUUUACAAGAGUGGCUCUGCGCAACAUUGGUCUGAACCUUUACUGCCGUCGCUGUGCAAUUCUGUCUCCGUCUGGAAGUGCAUUGCACUUGAUGUAAAAACAGAUACACACACACAUGUAAAUGAGAGAAUAUUUGUAAAAUAGAAUAUUAUUUCUUGGAAAGUUUGUUAUGCACAGAUAAUGACAUGUAUGUGCACUCGUUUGAAGGGAUGGUUCACCUUUAAGUUAACUUGUUAUAGAAUGCCCUAUUCAUAGCAAUUUUUCAAUUGGUCUUCAUUAUUUAUUUUGUAUAGGAUUUUAAUUAUUUGCCCCAUCUCCUGACUCUUCCCGGCUUUCAAAUGGGGGUCACUGACCCCAUUUAAAACAGAUGCUUUGUAAGGCUAUAGAUUUAGUGGGUUAUUAAAUAUCAAAUUGUGAAAUCUCAAAAAAUUCACUAGAAAAAAAAACGUUUUUUCAAGAUUUAUUAUACCUUCAUGCUGCAAAAAAAAAAAAAAAUCCCCUAUCUCAGACCUGUUGAAGUUCUGUAUAAGUGAAUGGGAGAGGCACCUAUUUUAAUUUGAAGUUGUUGUCUUCUGUGCUGGGUUUAUCCCGAAAAUUCAACUUUUUGAGGGUUUUCGGGCAAAAACUCGAAAAAUUGGAGCGAUUAGAAAAAAAGCCAGAGAAAUUUAAGCGAUUUGAGUUUUCACUUGAUUAUAUUGAGUUUUUCAGUGAUCCGAUUAAAUCAAGUUUUUUUUAAAAUGAAUAAAUAAGCUAAAAUUGGGCAUGGAAAUUUGGUUGCGUUUUUUUUAAAAUAAAAUAUGAGAUACAGUAAAUUCAGAUUACAGUAAAUAACACCCUUAUUGUUAUUGCCAUUUUUAAUUACUCAUCUUUCUAUCCAGGCCUCUACUAUUCAUAUUCUUGUCUCUCAUUCAAAUCAAUGCAUGAUUGCUAGGGAAUUUUGGACCCUAGCAACCAAACUGCUGAAAUUGCAAACUGGAGAGCUGCGGAAUAAAAAGCUAAAUAACUCAAAAACCACAAAUAAUAAAGAAUGAAGACUAAUUGCAAAUUGUCUCAGAAUAUCAUUCUCUACAUUAUACUUAAAGUUAGUUUAAAGGUGAACAAACCCUUUAAUUAAAGUGAUAAUUAUAGAAACCUUGAAAUAAUGGCAGGACUCAAUCAUUAUCCAGUUAUUAGUCUAUUGGGUUCUUUGACAUAACAGAUGUGUGUUCAAACAGUAAAUGCUCUCUGUUGAUUGGUUGCAAUGGGUUAUAAGACAGGUAACAAACUUUAUACUGUUUAUUACAUUCAUUUUCAACCAAACAAAUCACUCAUACAUUAUUUAAUUCAGCAAAACCUUUGAUUGUUCUUCGAAUACACAACAGCCCAGUGCAAUGUCUUAUUACAGAGGCAGGUCUUCUUACUUAUUUGUGGAUGCUAAAUGGAGGUUUUAUUGUUUAAUAAAUAUUAUUGUGCUGUGUUUUACAA